CAGACAUCAGACAAAACAACGCUAAAUAAUCAGCCAAUGAACUCCCAGAUCGCUGGCUGUAUAAAAGCAAGUGACUGCCUGCGCCGCAACUGAAAUGGGAAUGAGAAACGCGAGCGCAAUAACAGUCAGGAGCGCAAAUGGCGCGGCAGCUUUUACGCAUUCUCGACUAUCAUGCAUAAUUGUUUGUUGACUGUAAAAACCACCCGCAGCAACAGCAUGCAGUCCUCUUUACUGUCUGUAGCACACUCUCCGGGGAUACCUACAGCUAUUUCGUUAAUGUGGAAAGCGGGAAACCCGCAGUCUAACUGGACUGUGUCGGAUAGGGAAAACAGGACGACUCCCGUUGACACGUUUGAGAACCGGCGCGCACAGUAUGGCCAGUUUUCUCCAUCCAUGUCUGUGUUCUUGACUGUGCUCAUGACGCUCCUGGUGUUUGCUACGGUCCUCGGGAACGCGCUUGUCAUUUUAGCUUUUGUGGUGGAAAAAAGUUUACGCACGCAAGGCAACUUUUUCUUUUUGAAUUUAGCCAUAGCGGACUUUCUUGUCGGAGGGUUUUGUAUCCCAGUGUAUAUUCCCUAUGUAUUGACGGGCGAGUGGAGACUGGGCAGAGGUCUGUGUAAACUGUGGCUGGUGGUGGAUUAUAUGCUGUGUACCGCCUCGGUAUUCAAUAUCGUGCUCAUCAGUUUCGACAGGUUUCAGUCUGUCACCAAAGCGGUGAGUUACCGUUGUCAAAAAGGGAUCACCAGGGAGGCAGUUUUGAAGAUGCUCUGCGUGUGGCUUGCAGCUUUCCUUCUUUAUGGUCCAGCUAUUAUCAGUUGGGAACACAUCGCUGGAGAAAGCGUAGUGCCAGAUGGAGAGUGCUAUGCCGAGUUUUACUUCAACUGGUAUUUUUUGAUAACUGCCUCUGCCGUCGAGUUCUUCACACCUUUCAUAAGUGUCACUUAUUUCAACCUCAGCAUUUACAUCAACAUCCGCAACAGAUGCGCAGUGAGGGAGGAACAGCCCACCUACAUUCGACUCAGGAGUUUUAAGAUGAAGCCUCUGGCAGCUGGUGACGUGCAGCGUGUGUUUUUUGUGAGGCCUAUCGAGGAAAGCGAGGUCAGAGACUUGCCCUCAAGGUCUCGUUGCUGCCGGUUACCAUCCAGCGCAAGGGUGUCCGCCACUGAGUUCGCCAACACCAGACAGACUAAACGAAGAGACAGCGCAAUAGCAGACCUGCCUCCGUUGCAGGUCGGGGAUCAGAUCUUGACGUCCACCGAGGCACAGUUUCAUUACGUGAAUCAUUCCGGUUCACACAGACAUCGUCCUGAUACGGUUGCAAGUUUGGCCAGUCGCUUUCGCUUAUCUAGAGAUAAGAAGGUUGCCAAGUCUCUAGCUGUGAUAGUCUGUGUGUUUGGUCUGUGUUGGGCACCCUACACUCUUCUCAUGAUCAUUCGGGCAGCUUGUCAUGGUCAGUGUGUCCAGCAUUACCUUUAUGAGAUUUCAUUUUGGCUGCUGUGGAUAAAUUCAUCCAUCAACCCAGUACUGUAUCCUCUGUGCCACAGCAGUUUCAAAAGAGCCUUCAGUAAAUUGUUGUGUCCAAGCAAGACAAAAAUACAACCUCUGAACAUGGACCAGAAGUACUAAACUUAAAAGAAUGAAAACAUUUUCAAAUAGGGCUAGUCUUUAAUAAAUGUGCCUGUAUAGGAGCUUAUUGGACUUUUUAUCUAUCAGUAUUUUAAAAUAGUAUUUCGCUUAAAUUGUCCAGUGAGUAUACAGUGCUUAUUAUUUAUUUCAAAACAGUAGCAGAGUUAUAUUUCUUCCAGAUUCAAUUCUUCACUGGUACCGUAAUUGAUGUCAUGUGUUGUGUACAAAUGACUGGAAGUGUCUUUAAAUUACAUUGCCAUGUUUGCCUUGGUAAAUCACUUAUUUUCUAUUCAGAUGUCAAAAUAAACUGUACCGAUGUUAUUGCAACUA